CGCUUGAAGUAACAUUUGAUAGACUUUCGAACCUUUGCUAUCGAAAAUAACCGGCGAACGCAUAUAACAAGGAAGGAAUAUGUCACGGAAAUCUGGCUGAACCUUUUUUUUUUUUUAACUAAUUCUUUAUUUUUGCCCAGGCUGUGUGCAUGUACUUCUCCUCGAUGACAAAUAGGUUAUCGAAGUAGAGUUGUUUUGAUAUAAAGUCAAAAAUGAAUUCCAAUGUCGACUUGGUUCACACUGACUGGCACGAGAGAAACACAGUCACCAAAGUGAGAGGUUUGUCAGAUCUCUCUGAGAAAGCUAAAGUCAGUGAAAAGACCGAACCCUCUUCCAAGCGAAGUCGAGGGUCUGCUAACAGUAGCGAACGCCCAAGCUCUUCUCACGGGAGACAAACGGCGCUAAAGAAAACUGCAUCACCAUCAAAGUCGACACCCAGUGAGGCUGCUGGUAGCAAGUCCACAGGAAAAACAGCUCUUUCACAUCGCACCAACCCGCCAAAACCUGCAACAAGAACAAAACAAACUGCUCAUAACUCUUCAACAACAGUCAACAAGAGUUGUGCAGCUUCUCAGCAGGACAAGCAAUCUCCUGGCUCAAUUACAGAUACCUCAGCAACUAAAAAAAGGUCAACCAGUCAAGGUGUAAAUCCUUUGCCACGCACAAAAACAACAGCUAUUACAAAGCCAUUAUCUCAAAAGCCUGUGAAAGAACCAAACAACAAAAAGAAAAGUGAAAUUAAAAAAGAGAAUAGUUAUGAUGCCAGUGAUAGUGACUCUGAGAAUGGCAGCAUAGAUCGACUCAACACUGAUGGUGACUUUGGCUAUGAGACUGGUUCCCUUGACGACAGUGAUGUAUCAACAGGGGAGUUGCUUAGUCCAUCAGCCAGAGAUGAGAAUAAGACUAUUUUAACAACUGACCAAAGUAGAAAGACUGGUUAUUUAUAUGCUGAAGUUGAAUUUGGACAAGUUUUGGCAUCAAAGGAAGGAGAUGUGGCUGCAAAGAAUUCAGAGAAAUUUGAUUCAGGAGGGGGGGAGUUAGUUGUAGUGGACAGCAGUGCAAUUAGUGAUCACAAAUCUUACACUUAUGCAGGAGAUGAGUUCCGACCAUUGAUUGUGACAGAACAAGGGGGAAUCUCUGCCCCUGUUGAGGCAAAGAAGAGCUCUAAGAGCUCUCGAGAUGAAAAUAGCAAUGGUGACAGGCAAAGUGCUGGGGGCAGAAAAAAAAUGGUAAUGGAAUAUGAAGAGGUUGAGGUCAUUGAUGGUGGUUAUGACAGAACAAACAUAAAAGUGACAUCCGCCAAUCAAAGGAAUACGGCAGAGACUGACAACUCACAUACUUUGGGUCCAUUAAAUGAUGUUUAUGCUGUAGUGCAGAAAAAGCCAAAGGAAACUGAUUGUAAUGAUAGUGGAGGACAGAAACAAAAUAGUUCAACACAGAGGCCUACUCUUGAGCUGGGUGAUGUUGCCCCAUCUAUCCCAGGUGGACGGAAAGACUCCAGUAUGUAUGAAGCUAUAACUGGAGAGCUUCAGAAUAUGAUUAUGGCUUGUGAUGAGGUGUCUCUAGAUCAGAUGUCAUCCAGGACUAGUGUUGAUGAGAGAAAAAGUUCUUCAGGAGAUAGGAAGGUUCCACCGCCUAUUCCAAAACCUUAUUCAGGACCUGGCCUGAACUCUCAAGCAUCAAAGGAACCAGUAAUGAAAGAACUGUCAGAAAAUUCUGAUAGAGAACCUGCAGAGGUUCCAUCACAGCCAGUUUACGCUGUUGUCCAGAAGAAACAAAACGAAAAAUUGAAUGAUAAAUCCUCAGAAGAAAUCAGUGACACAACACCUGCAGAUAUGAAGGCACCAGGUAACCAGCCUACCUAUGCUGUGGUGCAGAAGAUCCCAAAGCCAGAACUGAAUGGUUCAGUUGAAUCUCUUGAUCAGCUUAGAAUACCAGGGGCAUCUGGUGAUGAUGAUGACGACUCCAGUGAUGAAGAGAUGCCACCACCACUCCCUUCAAGGUUACCAAACCUUGAACACACCAUGAAAAGGACAGAUCCUUCUCAGAAUACUUGCCAGUUUGAUAAAGUACCAAAACUAGAAGAAAAGUCAAAGGAGGGUGGUUUCAAAUUAUUUAAAAAGAAACACUGCAGACAACUUUCUGAUGGAAAUGUAACUGCUCAGUUAAAACAGGACACUGGAAACAGUGAUAGUCUUGCGUGCCAAACUGAAAAGAACCAAUUCCAUCAUCGUAGAUCAAAAUCACAUGCGGACAUCGUGACACUUGAAGAAACGGGUGACGGCUCAUUGAGUCCCAGAAACACCAUUGAAAAUUACUCGGAAAUAAUAAUUCCAUCCAAUAAAACAAAGAAUUCCUCAGACAAAGUUACACCUGUCCAACCUUAUUUGGAAGUUGACAUAACAGAGCCUCCCUCGACACCUACAGAUUUUAACAAAGAGGUAACAUCCAUGGGAGGGGAUAGUGAGGAUCAAAAUGUUUCCUAUGAGCUACCUGAGGGCUGGAAGGAAGUGAAUGGAGAUAAUGGUACUUAUUACUGGCAUGUUGCAUCUGGAACAACUCAGUGGACCAUGCCUCAGGUUGCGACCAGACCUAAGAAGAAAUCAACUGAAGAAGCCAAACCAGCAGAAAGCACAGAAAGACAAAAGGUUUUGAGUUUUCCUGUGCACUCCAUGGGUUGGAUUGAGCUUGAAGAGAGCCAAGUUGCACCGCAUAACAUGAGUGAAACUAUCUCUGAUUGUAUUUCUACACUGGCACAGAAGAGAAAGGAUCUCUGGCAUACUGGAGAAACUUGGGGAGAGAUAAUGCCAGUUUUAAUGAAAAACCCCAUGUAGAAGCAAAGAAGAGCUUUUCUGCUAGAUAUGUUGGGAGCAUAGAUGUUCCAAAACCAACAGGGGUGGAAGUUUUGAACAAAGCAAUAAGUAAAGUAACAAAUAAAGCUGGCAGUGCUAGUGGAUGGAAAACCAUUCUCAUUGAAAUCAGUGUAUCGAACAUCAGGAUAACAGAUUGCACUACCCAAGAACUAAUUUCUGAAGACCGAGUUAGAUUCAUGUCUUUCUUUGGUGUUGGAAAAGAUGAAAGACUCUGUGGUUACAUUGUGAGCACUGCCCCAGAUGUAUUUGUGUGCCAUGUGUUCCAGUGCUCACCCAAUGCUGCUCCUCUUACAAAAGCAUUGGCUGAAGCAUGUGAGCUGCGUUUCCAAAAAUGUGUUGAUGCUCAUCCAAAUAUUAUACAGAAAAAAGCAGCAGCUGAGCAGGAGAAGGUGCGAGAAAAAUCUGACAAAGAAAAAGAUAAGGCUGGUUUCAUGACAAGUGUUCAGGGUUUGCUUGGAAAACUUGGGACAAAGAAAGGGGGAGGGAAAAAGGAGGAAAGUAGCACAACAGAUAGCAAACAAUCUUCAGUUCCUGUGAUAACAUGCAAACCAACUCACACUUUCAUGGUGAAGUACUAUGGUGCACUGCCAGUGGCUGUUGGUACAGGGAUAGAGACUGUGGAGGAGGCAGCAAAGCAUUUGGCUGGAGGAACAUUACUGAUUUGCCAACUUGAUGUUGCCCUCAAUGGAGUAACACUUUAUGACAGUCAGAGAAGUUCUCUUUCAAAGAGAAAUUUAGAUGCUGAUACAAUAUCAUACUGCGGUCUUACAAGUAAUAGAAGCCAUUUUGGACUCAUCCAAAGCAUGGGAGGAGGAAAAUACAUUUGCCACGUCUUUGCAGAGUACAAGACUAAAGCUGGGCCAAUUGUUGCAGCCAUUCAUGAAACAUUGUGAAUACCAGAGAAAAUUCUACAGUACAGUCCCAUUAAAUAAUACAGUAAACCCAGUAGCAUUUUGAUUAAUACCUUAAAGUAAUGUUAGUUACUGUAAUUCAUUUUCAUGUAUUGCGGAGGAGAGAAGUUAUUCUUGGUUGAGCAAAAUUUAUGUGAACAUAAUUCAUUAAUUCAAUUGAGUUGUGAUUAUUACCAUCUGAAUGGUAGAUCAAAUCACUUUGAUUUUCUGUAAAGCAAUGUCUUUUGUUUUAUGUGCUCUCUAAGCAAAGGCAUCAAAAGUUGUUGGUGUCCUGUUUCAAUUGACUUAAGUAUGAAAAACAUGUUCAAGAAGCAAAUGAAAUUUGCAAUUGAAGAGGAGAUUUUACUUUCUGGUCAUUGUGGGUAAUGAAUUUUCAAGGAAAGAAAUGAAUGGUGUGGAAAAAGGAACAAAGGUAAAUGAUCUAUCAAGAUGUGAAUGAGCUACCUUCCCUUUGAAAUGGAAAGCAAUGUUUGUCAUGUUCUCUGCUUUCAAUGUUAGCAAUUUAAGGACUUGUUUUUUAUACAAAUGUUUUUAUUAUUUUUGAAAUAGAAUAUUAUUUUUGUAUACUUUUACUGCAGUUAUAGGAUGAAUGAUGGAUUGAAUGAGUGAGGGAAGGAAGGGAUGUACAAAUAAAUAAUUGAAUGACUGAAUGAUUGAAUAAAUAUAACGAAUGAUUGAGGGAAGUGAUUGAUUGGGAACAAGUGAAGUUCAGAGACAAGUGGUGAAAUUUUGAAGAAAUUUUAAUUAUUUAUUAGGUAAAUAAAUGAGUAAACAUCGAAGAGAGAAGAAAAGUAAAUGAAAGGAUUUUGUCUACACUUUGAUGAUUAUGACAAGGUUUUGGUUUCCUUUACCCUUAUACAUUAUUGGCCAUCAAUUUGAUUGACAGCUGAACUGAACAACAUAUCACAUCAAAACUGAAUGUUAAAAAUCAGAGAUGUUGGUUGUUAAUGAAUUGGAGAGAUAGAAGCUUAUUAAUUUUGAACAGAUUAAGUUGGAUAGGUGUGUAAUUAGUAGUAAAGGCUAGUGAAAAGAAUGAACUCUUCAGGCUUCUAGUUCAAGGGUCAAGAAAUGUAUUUAGCCUUUGUAGAUAAUUGACAUAGUUUGCUAGGAAUGUUUGCUGUUUGAAUACAGUAAUUAUCAUGAUAGAGGAAUUUGGUGACAAUGUAAUCUUAAGUUUUGCAGUUUAAAAGCAGUAAAUAUAAUGCUUUGGAAAUUUGAAAUAAGAGUUGAAAAUAUGAUGCAAAGUCUUAGGCUGGCCUUUAAACUAUUGUUGUAGUUGAAUAAUUGCCUAGGUCAGGUAGUGUUUGGUGAAAAUUAUUAUUAAAAAUUUUUGUGUAGUAUUACAGUUUUGUAGCAUUUUGAUGACCAUGAGUUUUUACUGUGAUUUAUUUGAUGAAGAGAGCAGGCCUCAGCAAAGUUAUCACUUGCAUUUGUUUUCAAAGUCACUUUUUGCAGCUGCUUUUAUAUGUUUCUGUUAGAAAUUCAAACCUGGGAUUGCUCAAACUACCCUUGAAAUAGUUGCAAAAUUUCAAACAUUUGAACAGCAGUGAUUAGAUACUACAAAUAAAUAUUAUUUCCAAAACUUAAGAAUGGUUAUGAUGUAUUAAGAAUAUUUCAAGAACAAAGAAGCUAAGGAUAACAAACCAGAAUUUGGUUGAACUUUACGGAAAAUUAUAUUAAAUCAUACUUAUUUAGAUUAUUAAGAUUUAUGGGUAUUACAUUACAGAGUAACAUAAUAUAUUAUCAAACAAAACAAAAGUUAAAUCAUUAAAAUGUAAUGAAACAGGAAUCCAUCAACAAUGGGCUCUUGAAUGAAGUUAUUACUGGAUAUCAUUUAAUUGUAUAAUUUAGAGUGUAUUAUUUUUUGUAUGAGUUUUUUUAUAUCUUAAUAUUGGUUCUAGUUCUAGAUUUUCUAUAAGUUACAUUUUGUAGAGGCUAGUUCAAGUUUAUUGAUGUAGGUAAUUACAAUGUUAAAGUUGACCUUUACAAUUGAGAACAUGUGUCAAAGUAUGUUGUGUUAUGCUGGUUGUAUACAUAUUGUGUUACUGAAUUAAAAACAAGUUAUGGAAAUAAAGUCUGCAAUGAUGGGCGUAAAAAAA